UGUGUACAACAAAGAGCCGUCUCGGUUGCACAUGCGGACUUUGGCAAACUGGGAGGGCAGGGUAUGUUUUGGUUUUGACUUUGUUGUGCGGGGGUUUUUUCCAUUCAGUCACCCUUUGGACUUUGGAUAUGUGAAACUGAGCGGUUGGAGGCGAGACCUCCCUGCUUCCUCCCUGCAGUACCAGUGUGGACCGGUGGACUACCUGUGCUCUCCACGGCUGGUGAAGAAAGGUCCGACCCCCAGACCAUGUCACGACAGGCCUGCCAUCAAACCCCGGCCCCAGCCAUCCACCUCACCCAGACCGCCAACCGCACAGAAACCUCAAGUGCCCCCUAAACCUGCGCACCUGCUCGCCCUUGGGCAAGACAAGAAACCUAAGAGGAUCCCUCCGGCGCCCUGCAGGCCUCUGCCGGCUCCCCCUCCUCCGCCCAAGCCAAAGCCCGGUCCAACCCCUCCUGGCUCGGGUGCACCGCCGCAAAAAGAGGCCCAGAAAGUGGGGCUUCUCAUCGAGAGGUUUGAGAAUUCAAGGGUCCCCAUCCUGGGGGUGCUCCCACGGUCCCAGCUGCACCUGUGUCUGAGAAUGGACACUGCGUCUGACGUCACCUCCUGCGGCCAGGAGACCACGGUGAAGGUCGCAGGUGACUCCUCCCCUGACAAACUUGCACUUGUCACCUCCGAACGGACCGACGAGGUGAACUCUGAACUUUCCCGUCUGGCCUCCAUGCACAUCGACGGCUCGGAAGAUGCCCCGCUGGACGACUGCGCGGAGGUUGACAUCUCGCACGGUAUUGGUUGCCUUGAUGGCGUGGAGCGGGAGGAGGGCUCCUCCCAAGAGCUCCUGGACAAUCCAGAUUCCUCGGAGCAGAACGGAAAGAUCCCCAACCGCGACAGCGGCAUCGACAGCCCGUCCUGCACUGCAGAGGGGGAGGUGUUCCCCAACGAGGACGCCAUUGAUGAGGAGGACCAUUAUGACAGUGUGACGGAAACAGAGAGUGUGUCCUGCUGCGUUACCCUAGGCAACAAGCGGGACUCAACUCAGGAUGAGGACAGUGACUUGGAUGAGGGGAGCAGCGGAGAGAUACACUCUCUGACGGACACACAGACUGGGUUCUUGACAGACGCAAACUCAGAGGCGCACAAAUGCUCGGAGGCUCAGAAGCUCCUGAACAUCGCCAAAGAGCUCCUCCACACUGAAGAGGCCUACGUCAAACGACUCAACCUCCUCGACCAGGUAUUUUGCACUAAGCUCACAGAGGCUGGAAUCCCUCAGGACGUCAUAACAGGGAUCUUCUCCAACAUCUCCUCCAUCUACUGCUUUCACGACAAGUUCCUUCUCCCCGAGCUCAAGACACGCAUCACUGGAGAAUGGGACUCCAACCCUCGUAUCGGAGACAUCCUCCAGAAACUGGCUCCGUUCAUGAAGAUGUACGGAGAAUAUGUGAAGAACUUUGACCGAGCCAUGGACCUGGUCAACACCUGGACGCAGCGGUCGUCACAGUUCAAGAGCGUCGUCCAGAACAUACAAAAACAGGAUGUGUGUGGGAACCUGACGUUGCAGCACCACAUGCUGGAGCCGGUCCAAAGGAUUCCUCGCUACGAGCUGUUGCUCAAAGACUACCUGAAGAAGCUGCCUGAAGACGCUCUGGACCGAAAAGAUGCAGAGAAGGCACUGGAGCUAAUCUCUACCGCAGCUAACCACUCCAAUGCAGCAAUCAGGAAAAUGGAGAAGAUGCACAAGUUGCUGGAGGUUUACGAGAGGCUCGGGGGAGAGGAGGACAUAGUUAACCCGGCCAAUGAGCUCAUCAAAGAAGGACAUAUCAAGAAGAUGUCAGCCAAAAACGGAACAGCACAAGACCGAUACCUCUACUUGUUCAACAAUAUGGUGCUUUACUGCGUGCCUAAACUCAGACUGAUGGGACAGAAGUUCAGUGUCAGAGAGAGGAUUGACAUCGCUGGCAUGGAGGUGCAGCAGAAUGUGAAGCAGAACCUUCCUCACACGUUUGCCAUCAACGGCAAGCAGCGUCAACUGGAGCUGCAAGCCAGGACGGCGGAGGAGAAGGAGGACUGGAUCCAGGUGAUCCUGGCAACGAUCGAACGGCACAAGCAAAACAGCGAAACAUUCAACAAAGCUUUCAACAGCUCCUUCUCCCGGGAGGAUGACCACGUCCCGGAGUCACCGGGUCCCUGGUGCAACACAUCCAUAGACUCAGAUGGUGAAAGACUGCAUGAAAGGAAGAGUUCCAGGAAAAAGGAGAAAGAGAAGCAGACGUGUAAAGGCUGCAGCGAGAGCUUCAAUUUCACCAAGCGCAAACACCACUGCAAGUCCUGUGGAGCGGCCAUCUGUGCGAAGUGUUCGAAGACCUUGGACAACAAAACUAGCCGAGUUUGCCCAGAGUGUUACGAAGCCAGCCUCAGCCUGGAGAAUCUAGGCCUUGGUGAACAGAAGAGGAAAGCUGCGCCCGAGAGACAGACAUCUUUAUCGGGGGAGAACAGCCUGCUGUGUGGCCACCUCCAAGUGCAGGAGAAAGGGAAGAACUGGACCAAGAUGUGGGUGGCUGUGACCAAGGCUGAGCCACUGGUGCUGUACUUACAGACCAGUGGACAGGACUCCAAAGGAGCGCGGGUGAUUCCUCUCCCUGGCUUCGAGGUGAGCGCGUCUCCGCCAUCAGCAGGCGAGAAGUCGGAGGUCAAACACACGCUGCGGCUCAGUAACGCCCAGCAAACUUUGCUCUUAAGUGCCCAAGAUGCAGACCAUCAGGCCAAGUGGUUGGACGUCCUCUCCAAAGCUGCCCGCGGAGAAGCGCCCGCGGAUGCGUCGACGAGCCUGACUGAACACAGGAAGAGCCAGUAGUGGCCAUGCUGGAGCCGCAGGACUCGCUCCCUCCUCCUCCUCCUCCUCCCUCCCUCUCCUGUGUAUAGAGCACACAUUACUUGAAUUCACUUUACCUUGGCACUUUUAUUUUCCCUUUGAAAGGACCACUCAAUCCUUCCUAUGCCACUUCAAUCUUAUCCUCAUGACCACACGGCUUCUCCCUCUCCCGUCUCCAUGUCUUCUUUCAUCUCUCCGGAACACAACAAAAAAACAAGAAGGACUCUCAAAGCCACCAAUGCCACUGUAUGUCUGUGGUUAGGAUAUUUUAUUUCUGUCAGUGUUUUCAACAGCCGGAGAGGACUCAAAUCUUUUAUUUGUAAUAUAGCUGAAGGUUCCUGUAUGAUGUGUUUUUUUUUUUGUUUUGUUUUAUUUUGUUUUUUAAGAAAAAGAUGAAGUUUUCUUGUACAUUAUGAGACUGUGUUGUGAAGCAUUAAAUCUUAUGUGUCUCCAUUCGUUUCGAAAGUAUGUAUGUGUUUGAGUGUGAGCCCCCUGACCCCCUCCCUUGUUUAUUAAGUAUUGAAUGUUAGCUUAAGAAAAACCCGCGCUGGCCACCUCUCUGUUCUCUUCACUCCUGCUGGGGAACACAGUGGGGGGGCUGCUCAGUUGGGUGUUGUACAGUAUGUAUACUAUAGUGCGAUGUAAGGAAACAAAGAAAGAAAAAAGACAUUUUAACUUAAAGAAGACACAGAGAUGUGUGUACGCUUGUGGCUGGCCACCUGAUGCUCCCACUGUCAGCUCCCGUCUUACAGAAACCUCUCCUCAUACUCCUCUCUGCUAUAUUGGAAAACGACUCCCUCCCGUUAUUGUCUGUGGACUCUGAGACCUCUAAUCUGAGUCUGAUCCACCACAUCUCCUCUCAUUAUUGUGACUCGUCCAGAUGAGAGCAUACAGCCAGAAUGGGAUCACGUGGCCUCAACUCUGACCCUUUGGUCUCUCAAUAUCACCACUUGUACACACACAAAAUAAAUCCUUCUCUCUCUCUCUCUCUCUCUCUCUCUCUCUCUCUCUCUCUCUCUCUCUCUCUCUCGCUCAGCCUAGCAACCGUUUGCCUGCUUUCUCUCCCUUUUGGUGAUGUGAUGGAAACCAAGUACUGUACUGUAAAACUGUUUAUUCUGCCUUUGCCCCCCCGCCCUGUACCCUGCUCCUAUCAGCACCAGCCUUUAAGCAAAAAGUAGCAAAAAAAAAGGUAAAAACUCGUCAUUGGAUCUCUUUGUGCAUGUAAAACUCACUCAUAUUUAUGUACCAUGCUAUGAAAACUUAGCCCCCCUCCAGUCCUGUCCCUCUUUUUAUGCCCCCCUCCCUCCAGAAUUCAUUCUUGUCGUACUGUAAGUGAGCAGAGUCAGCAGUGAGUGUUUUUAAACAUGGAUUGUGCACAGUGGAAAAAGCAGUCGGAAAAGCAUAUCAUCAAUAAACAAAGACGCUGUGAUUCAUUCAGCGCCACGCUGUCCAAAAAGA